AUGGCUAUGAAAGGUAAAAAUUGUAUUGCUAUUGCAACAGAUAUGAGAAUGGGAUUUAAUCAAUUUUCAACAAUAUCUACAUCUUUCAAUAAAGUAAUUAAUCCAAGUUCAAAAACUCUUAUUGGAUUUUCUGGUCUUGCGACUGAUAUUCAUACCGUCUCAAGUACUAUAAAAUUUCAUACAAAUCUCUAUAAAUUACGUGAAGAAAGAGAAAUAGAUGCCAAAGCUUUAAGCCAUAUGACAGCAUCUCUUCUAUAUAGUAAACGUUUUAGUCCAUAUUUAGUUGAGCCUAUUGUUGCAGGUCUUGAUAAAAAUAAUGAACCAUAUUUAGCUGGUUAUGAUCUUAUUGGAUGUUUAUCAAAAUGUAGUGAUUUUGCUAUAUCUGGGACGGCUGAUAGACAAUUAUUUGGUAUAUGCGAAUCUUUUUAUAAACCAGAUAUGGAUACUGAUCAACUUAUGGAGACAAUAUCUCAAUGUAUGUUGGCAGGUCUUGAUAGAGAUGCUCUUUCUGGUUGGGGUUGUACUAUUUAUUUAUUAACCCCAACACAACUUAUUACAAAAAAACUUAAGAGUAGAAUGGAUUAA